AUGAAGUCCUGUCUAAAUAACACUCUGAAUCGAUGGAAACCGCAACGACAGAGGGACAAAAAUGACGUUUCAUUGAUGACGGUUACAAAUAAAGUUCGACAACUACUCAACAAAGUCACACAACAAACCUUGGAUCAAAUUGUUCAAGAACUUCUUACGUAUGACUUCAACUCGAAUGAGGAUAAUCUUAAACAAGUUGCCAAGUUGUUCCUCGAAAAAUGCAUCAAUGAACCAGAGUAUUGUGCUCUUUAUACAAAAGUGAUCAAAAAAUUUUUUCAACACAAUGGGAUCAUUGGCGCGAAAAUAAAAUUUUUAAUAUUGUCGGAAGCUCAAGAACUGUUUAAUGAAGAUAUUAAUCCGGAUAACCACCAAUGCGUCGACCCCAACCAAAAUGGACCUGUUGGAUUGGAGGAAAAUCCAAAAGAUGUUUUAUUGGCAGAUGAACAAGAUAGACUCAGAAGAAGAUCACUGGGACUCUACGUUUUUCUCGCUAAUCUUUUUCUUAUUGAAUUUUUGUCUAGAAAAAUCGUGGAAUCUGUUUUUGUUGGUGUUUUGGGGACGAUGGAAAACAAAAACAUCUAUGAUGAGAAACACUGGAUAUUAACAGGAUUUCAAGUUCUCAAAACACUCGGAAAAGAAUCUUAUUAUUGGAUGCGACUUCUUCCCUUGGAAAUGGCUCUUGAGAAACAUAAAAUGAAGAUGAAAUUAAAGCGGAAUUUCAGGCUGCAAUUCGCGAUUGAUGAUGCAUUGGACUUGAUGAAGAGGGAUUUUGCGCCGCGGGAUUCAGCAAUAAUUGUUUGA